AUGUCCAAACCAGCCAUCGGGUUCGUCGGCCUCGGCGCCAUGGGCUUCGGCAUGGCCACGCACCUGGUCCACGAAGGCUACCCCGUGCAUGGCUACGACGUCUUCCCGGCCUCGAUCGACCGAUUCCAAGCCGCAGGGGGCAUCCCCGCCGCCUCGCUGCGCGCCUCCGCCGAAGACAAAUCCGUCUACGUGUGCAUGGUGGCCUCCGCGCCGCAAGUCCAGAGCGUGCUCUUCGGAGACGAGGGCAUUGUGCAGGCCCUCCCGCCAAACGCAACCCUGAUCCUAAUGUCCACCAUCCCGGCCACAACCGCCCAAACCCUCGCGCAAACCAUCCACACCACCCGCCCCGAUAUUUGGGUAGUGGACGCCCCGGUCUCGGGCGGCGCCCUGCGCGCCGCAGCCGGCACGCUCUCCAUAAUGGCCGGCGGCGACCCCGCCGCGCUGGAGGCGGCCACCCCCGUCCUGGAGGCGCUCAGCGCCCCCCGCAAGCUCUACCUGGUGCCCGGCGGCAUCGGCGCGGGCAGUAACAUGAAGAUGGUGCAUCAGGUGCUGGCAGCGAUCCAUAUCCUGGGUGCGAGCGAGGCGCAGGGGCUGGCGGCUGUGUUGGGGUUGGAUGCGGCGCACACGGCGGAGCGGAUUGUUUCGGGGGAUGCGUGGACGUGGAUGCAUGAGAAUCGGUCGCCCAGGAUUUUGGGGGGGGAGGGGGUCUGGAGUCCCGGUGUUAGUGCUGUGACGAUUAUUUUGAAGGAUGCGGGCAUUAUCACGACUUCGGCAAGAGAACAGCACUUCCCGACGCCGCUCUGUGCUACGGCGGAGCAGAUCUAUCUCGCGGCGCUGCUGCAGGGGGACGGGGCCAAGGAUGAUGCGGCGCUGGUGAGGCAGUAUUUUGCGGGACCCGUGGCGGAGGUUGACGGGUCUGCGUUGAGCGCGGAGGAGCAGGAGGAGCGGACGCGACUGGUGCUUGAUCUGAUGGCCGCGGUGAAUCUGGUGGCGGCGGCGGAGGCGAUCGCGUUUGCAAGGUUUCUGGGCGUGGAUUUGGCGCAGUUCUAUGAGCUGGUGAGCGAUGCGGCGGGCGGGAGUAAGAUGUUUAUCACUCGGGGGUGGGAGAUGAUUGCGGGGCGGGUGGGCGAGAAGGCGCCGGCAGGGGCGGAGACGGUGGAUGCGCUCGUGCAACGGUUGGAGAGCGUCGUGCAGAGGGCGAGGGACUUGCAUUGUCCGUUGCAUCUGGGGAAUGCGGCGCUGGCGGUGUUGUUAAUGGCGAAGAGGGCUGGGCUGGGGGCGUCGAGUAGUACCAGUGUCGUGGAUUUGUAUGAAGGCGGAGGUUGGAGGGGGAAGCUGUGA